AGUUGCAUAAGCUACCGUAGGCUAAUCUUGAACCGAAUCGACUGGGCAACAGAGUUAUGACAAAAUUAAUAGUCAUAAUUGAUUAUGACUGGUCGCAACGAUUUACCGAAAAUAAAAGUGUUGCGAUUUAAGUAACCAGGGAUCUUUUUUGCAUAAUGCGUCUGCAUGCGUACAGCUAGCAUGCGUUAGCUAGCCAGCUAAAUCAUGCUGAGCAAAAUACUUUAGGAGUUCGGCGCUGAGUAAUCGGGAUAGUUUUGGACUACAGAAGCGUGGACGCCUAGCGAGCGUUGCUGGCAAGUUAUUACGUCAAAGCUGUGAUCAAGGAAUCUAUUGCUGCAUGGUUCCGCUGCCACCAGGAUAGUGUGUUAGGAACGUGGAGAGAAAGUGGACAGUCUUCAUUUCGUUAAAUGCAAACAUGUCAUCGUUCUCUGAAUCUGCCCUGGAGAAGAAGCUUUCAGAACUUAGCAACUCGCAGCAGAGCGUUCAGACUCUCUCGCUGUGGAUUAUUCACCACCGUAAACACGCAUCGCUCAUUGUGCGUGUGUGGCACAGAGAACUGAAAAAAGCGAAAAGAAGCAGGAAAUUGACGUUCCUGUAUCUUGCAAAUGACGUGAUCCAAAACAGCAAGAAGAAAGGACCCGAGUUCACUCGAGACUUUGAGGGUGUCCUGGUGGACGCCUGCUCCCAUGUUGCCAGUCAUGUUUUCUCUCGCAGAGAGUCGGACGAUGGCUCCAAGAAGCACAUGGAAAGGCUGCUCAACAUCUGGCAGGAGCGCAACCUCUAUCGGAGCGACUUUAUCCAGCAGCUGAAACUGGCCAUAGAGGAUUCCAACAGCCCCCGGCACAAACCCUCAGAGGAAAAGAAGGCCGUAAAGCGUUCGUACCAAAAGGUCCAGGAGGGAGAGGAAGAGGAGGAGGAGGAAGAGGACGACGAUUACAGGGGCCACUUUUCCCCGCGGGAGAGUGACAGCACGGGUCCACAGCUGACAGAGGAGCUGGUGAAAGCCCUGCAGGACCUGGAGAACGCCGCGUCUGGCGACGCCGCCGUGCGGCAGAAGAUCGCGUCCCUGCCACAGGAAGUGCAGGACGUCUCCCUGCUGGAGAAGAUCACAGAUAAGGAGGCGGCGGAGAGCCUGUCCAAGACGGUGGACGAGGCCUGCCUGCUGCUGGCCGAGUACAACGGCCGCCUGGCCGCCGAGCUGGAGGACCGGCGGCAGCUGGCCCGCAUGCUGACCGAGUACAUCCACAGCCAGAGGGAGGCGCUGUCCGAGCGGGAGAAGAAGCUGGAGGAGUACAAGCAGAAACUGGCCCGGGUAACGCAAGUCCGCAAGGAGCUGAAGUCCCACAUCCAGAGCCUUCCGGAUCUUUCCCUGCUGCCCAACGUCACGGGGGGGCUGGCCCCCCUCCCCUCUGCCGGGGACCUGUUCUCCACGGACUGAGAUGCCCUGUCCCGCCCAACCCCCCACCCUCUAGGUUGAGCAGAUAGCACACCCCCCAAACUGUCUCUGCCUUCAGCCCCAGUGAGCAAUGAUUUUACCCCCCCCUCCCUCACAGAACAGGCUCAUCAGCAGUGAAAGACCCAGUUCAUUGGUUUAGCCCCACCGCCUCUCUUGGAAAAGACCUGUGAUUGGAAGUGGGCAUCGACUUAUUGCAGUAGCAGAGUUGUGUGGUUUCUAUAGCUACACAUGCUACGCAGCUUCAAGAGUUGGGCUUUACAAACAUUUGAAGCAUCUCACAGCUUUUAUGUUCUAGGGACGGGGAGAAAGGGGCGGGGUCUGUACUAGAGAAGAUGAAAAAUGUACUGGUCUCAGUGGAGAUUCUUGUCGACCACCUCGUCCGUGACAGAAAUGCUUGACGUGGUCGCGUUGGUUGAGCAUAAACAAAGUCCUGCGGGUCAGAGGUCUGGCACGGCGCCGGGUCCUUGAGGAGGUGCGACGGAUGACGUCCUGCGUCUUCGCUCCGGUCUCUGGACCGGACUUUGCGAAGCGCGACGCGCUUCGAGCUCCGCGUGAUUCGCGCUUUGCCAUAAAACCGUGUUUUCAGCUUCUCCGCGCUUGUGUCGAAACUAGAAGGAAGCAAAACUCAACAUUUCGGACCCCAGAGACUGAUUCUAGUGGAUUAUGGAUUCACCACUGAAUGAGUUCAUAGUGUGUGUGUGUGUGUGUUUUUUUUCCCUUUUCUUAUAUAAAUAUUUGUAUAAAGAUUAGGAGUCUGAUACGCUGUGGUGUGUAUGCCAGUUUGUAGAGCGGGAAAAGGCUGCGGUCUCCCAGGUCAACAUUAGCCGAGCAAAGCCUAAUUUCACACGCUGAAAGUGAAUAAAGCUCAGCGUUCCUGGGCUAAAAAAAUGUUUUUAUUAUUCGCCACAGGCAUGUUUCCAGUGGUCAGCUUCGAAUGAAACCGAUAAGAUGUGUGCUUAGACAUGCUGUGUUGAACGGUGUUUACAUUCUGAUAGUUUUGGGAUUAGUAUGGAAUUGGUGAAUACCUGCUUCCUAGAAGUAUUGCGUGUGAGCAAGAUUGUGUCCUCCUGGCUGAAGUAUUUUAUUUUAAUUUCUUUGGUGAAGAGAAUGGAGAGAGAUGAGUUUUAAUAAAAAAACUGAGUCACUGGCUGUCAGGUUAAACAAACAAAA